UAAUCCUGCGGACCGACGCAGUGUACGUUUCCGCGCAGCUUCGUCCCCGAUCGCCGAUCGCCGCGAGUUCCCCUGCCACGGGUCCCCGGUCCCCCGAGAUGUCGUCCCUCCGUCCCGUUCAAGUGACAGUCCUCCUCGGAGCCGCCCUCCUCGUCGGCCUCGCCGCCGCCGCCCCCAACAUCCAGCUCCAGGGAAGUUUCGCCAACUGCAAAGCCCCAUCUACAGCGCCACAAAAAUUGGAGAGGGUGGUCGAAGUAUGUCAAAACGAGAUCAAGUUUGCUUUACUGCAAGAGGCUCUGAACCUGUUGGGUUUGGGCAUCGCUGACGAUGAUAGUAGUGAAGAGGAGGAGCCUGUGAAGGAAUCGAAGAAUCGAACGGUAACGAUUGCGCCGGCCAAAAGCAGACCCAAGAGAGACAGCUCCUUCUCCCAGGAAGAACGCCGAGUAGCAGGGUGCUUACUGCAAUGUGUCUACAGGAAAGUAAAGGCUGUGGAUGACACAGGUUUCCCUCAAGCUGAAGGCAUGGUCCGACUUUACUCUGAAGGGGUUCAAGACAACAACUAUUACUCGGCAACGGUUCAAGCGGUAGAACGAUGUGUUAGUUUUGCUCAGGCGCUGAAACUGAAGCAGCCCAACCAAAAAUUUGCGAGCGGUCAAACGUGUGAUUUAGCGUACGACAUGUUCGAGUGCAUCAGUGAAAAAAUAGAGCGCGCUUGCGGUGGAGCUGCUCCCUGAAAAUUUCCCGAACAACGAAAUUUCAUGUUUCUACCGAGCAUUUUAUAAGACUGUUUUGUACGAAGUUACCGCAAAAAUGAAACUUUAGUUACCAAAUCGAGGACGUGGGAAAGCUGUGUGACAUUGUUUUCGGCAGUACAGCACAUAAUGCUCCUGGGUAGUUUUCCAGAGCAUUAAAAGCUCAAAGACGUCCAAAUAUUGAUAUGAGUCAAGAAUCUUGUGAAACCGUCAAUUUAAGACACUGCAAAUUCUACGAUGUCUCAAAGAGACCUUUUAUUUCUCCAAGGGCAAGGAAACAAGCCAUGAUCUGAAAAAUUACGUCAUUGGAACAUGACUGUUGCUCAACAGUUUCGUGCGGUUUCUUAAAUCGAUCGAAGUUAAACUCGUCACUUUUUAGUCAUUUUAUGAGAAAGUAGAAAAAUACCCUCUGUCACUUCAACCGCCAAGUGGGCAUGUUUGAACAUGAAAAAGGUUUUCAUUGAGAGAAUUGGACUACAUUUUGCAAUUAGGAACUAUAAAUUCCGGCCUGGUUUAAAAACAACGUAUGUGCCAUUAGUUUCCCUAUGCACAUAAGUGUUUUUUCAGAUGAGCCAGAAUUUAUAGGUCCAAAUUGCAAAAUGCAGUCCAAUUGAUCCCUUCCGUAGAAAGUUUUCCAUACUUCUUUUAAGUUGCAAUAAGGAUCAAUAUAAAGAUUUCCUUUGUUUUGUGAAUCUGUUUUUUUU